GACAUUAACGAGUGUAUCGAAAACUCGAACAACUGUACCAGCCUUUCCGAAACGUGCGUUAACACUGUAGGUUCUUAUUAUUGUCAAUGCUCGUCUGGUUAUGAACGUAUAAAGGGAGUUUGCCAAGAUAUAAACGAGUGCGUCAACAGUUCAAAUCUUUGUGACAGUGUAAAUUCAGUUUGUAAAAAUAUUCCCGGAUCUUACAACUGCACAUGUUUGAAGGGCUUCACAAACCAAAACAACUUGAUUUGCAGUGACAUAAAUGAGUGUACAAGUUAUGAAAAUGCUUGCGACAACCAAACUUCGACGUGUGAGAACAAAGUUGGAAGCUACGACUGCAACUGCUUUAGUGGUUUUUAUAAUAAAAACCCGUAG